UCGGAAGAAGGGGCAAAAGCGUAAAAUUUUUUGAGGACCGACUUCUAGCCUGUGAUAUUAAAACCCUAACCCCUCUCGCCUCUGUCUCACUUAUUAGCUUUCUCUACUGUUUUUCUACCCAGUCUCAAAGUCUCUCAGAUUUCUUCUCUAAGCCGUUCAGAAAAAUGUCUGCCUACAAGGGAAAAUACCAUGAUGAGCUCAUUGCUAAUGCUGCAUACAUUGGCACCCCUGGCAAGGGUAUCCUUGCUGCUGAUGAAUCAACUGGAACAAUUGGCAAGCGUCUUUCCAGCAUCAAUGUUGAGAACAACGAGCCAAACAGGCGUGCUCUUCGUGAGCUUCUCUUCACGACUCCCGGUGCUCUCCAAUACCUGAGUGGAGUGAUUCUCUUCGAGGAAACCCUCUAUCAAUCCACAGCUGCAGGUAAGCCUUUUGUUGAUGUCUUGAAGGAAGGUGGAGUCCUCCCUGGCAUUAAGGUUGACAAGGGUACCGUAGAGCUUGCCGGAACCAAUGGUGAGACAACCACCCAGGGUCUGGAUGGCCUAGCCCAGCGUUGCCAGAAGUACUAUGAGGCUGGUGCUCGUUUUGCCAAAUGGCGUGCUGUGCUCAAGAUUGGUCCAAAUGAGCCUUCUCAGCUGGCCAUCAAUGAAAAUGCUAAUGGGUUAGCUCGUUAUGCCAUUAUAUGUCAGGAGAACGGACUUGUACCCAUUGUUGAGCCUGAGAUCUUGGUUGAUGGACCACAUGACAUUAACAAGUGUGCUGACGUGACCGAGCGUGUUCUUGCUGCAUGUUACAAGGCUCUAAAUGACCACCAUGUCUUGCUUGAGGGAAGUCUCUUGAAACCUAACAUGGUCACCCCUGGAUCACAAUCUGCAAAGGUUGCUCCUGAGGUGGUUGCUGAGCACACGGUCCGAGCCCUGCAACGUACAAUGCCUGCAGCUGUUCCCGCUGUGGUGUUCCUGUCUGGUGGACAGAGUGAGGAGGAGGCAACCCGCAACCUUAAUGCCAUCAACCAGUAUAAGGGUAAGAAGCCAUGGACUCUUUCCUUUUCAUUUGGCCGUGCUCUUCAGCAGAGUACUUUGAAAGCAUGGGCAGGAAAGGAGGAAAAUGUUAAGAAGGCCCAGGCUGCUUUCCUCACCAGGGCCAAGGCCAACUCAGAAGCAACACUUGGAACUUACAAGGGUGAUGCCAAUAUCGCUGAGGGUGCUGCUGAGAGUCUUCACGUCGAGAACUACAAGUACUAGAGAUGCUUCAGCAGUCGUGUGCUCAAUUUCAAUUUUCUUUUGAAGAGUUAAUACUUGUUAGGUUAUUGAUAAAAAGCUGAAGUAGCACUGUAUGCGGAGCUUGGACUUGUUUUUAUUUUUUUCCCCUUCCCCUAUGUUGAUUUGAGAACUGCUCGUAUUGUCUUUAUAUAUGGCGGGUUAUCAGUGAAUUGAGCUGUUUGAUAAUUGAUACUGUAGUGCAUCAACUGUGCAUGCUUGAAUAACAUUUUCGUGUGUUACAAUUA